AUGUCAAGUAGAUCACAAACAAAGAUCAUUAAUGCAUCUGUGAGUUACUUGGCAUUGUCAGCGUUGGUCAUUGGAUUCACAUUGUUCUUGAACAAGUUGUCUGGUAUAUCAUUUGAACAACAUACUAUCUUAUCAUUGGUGACGUUAAGUUCAUUCCUAUUCUCAUUACAUCUGGUGUUUGGAUUAUAUAUAUAUCCUACAUCAUUCCAUCAGAGUGGUAGCAAUGCCAUACCACCCGCCAGCAAGAUACAACGUUCAAUCAUCGGUCUAUUAGUUGGUACCGUACUAUUCUAUAUCAUAUCAAUACUUUAUGGUGCACCAUUAACAAGGACAUUCUUUAGGACACUAUUCUUUGCCAACUUGUUGUCAUCAAUGACUGCAGUACCAACAUCAAUACUACUUGGUUGUGAUCCACAAGCAUGGAAGAACAUGUUCUUCUCACCAAUACAUAAUAGUAUAUACGAAACAUGUUGUACAAUUACAGUUGUAUUUAGUUUACUUGGAGCUUGGAUUGGUGGAUUUGCAAUACCUUUGGAUUGGGACCGUCCAUGGCAAGUGUGGCCAAUCAGUUGCAUGUAUGGAUCACUCGUUGGACAUGUGAUUGGCUUGCUGAUAUGCUCCGUCUACGCCAUCUUUUACAAAGAGAAGUCAAACAUCAUGUAG